UUUUUGUGUUGAUCUUGUUAUGUCAUUUCAGAUGAGUGUGGAAGUGGAAAGAAAAUUUCUGUGCAAUGCUGACAUUCUGAAAACACUGGAAGAGACUGAGGCAACAUGUGUUGGCCAGCACCAGUUUAAGGACCAGUACUUUGACAGCCCCAACUUUGACCUGACUUUAAAAGACAUGUGGCUGCGUAAACGUAAAGAAUGCUGGGAACUCAAGAGCCCGACAGCAGAGGAGACAAGUGGAGAACAAUCCAAAUCAGCAGCCCUGUGUACUCGCUACAAGGAGAUAACCAAUCUGCCUGAAAUUCAACUGCGAGUGAAAGAGGUCUUAAAAGAUGUUUGUGAAGACACAGAGAAAUCCUCUUCAAUGGAGAACGAGUCUUGGCAUAGCAUAAUGAAUCUGGCGUGCUUUGCAGAGUUUACAACAGUGCGCCAGUCGUUCAUUUUAGAGGACGGAGUGCGCAUAGAUCUUGACCAGGCUGACUUUGGCUACCAUGUGGGAGAAAUAGAGGUCCUCGUUCCAGAGGAAGGGGAUGUGCAGUCUGCCCUGGAGAAGAUUGAAAGAACAGCUAGAAAGCUUGGUCUGGCUGGAGAUCAGCGAGUCGAGGGGAAAAUGAGUGUUUACCUCAAGAGAAAUAAUCCGGAGCAUUAUGCAAAACUACUGAGAGCACACAUUUUGUGAGAGGUAUUUUAAAUGAUGUUUAAAAAAAAAAUAGCAGACAGAUAUUUCUAAGACGGGUUUAAUAUUUGUAAAACUCAGGUCUGAUCACUCCACAGUCCCUUGACUUUUAAACUACAGGUUGCUCAAUUGUGGUUGUCGUUACAACCUUAAGUGAAAUUUCUUUCUUUUUUAAAAUUUAUUUUGUGGCAUUUUGGGUCUUAUUGUAGGGAUAGGACAGUGGAUAGAGCCGGAAAUCAGGGGGAGAGAGAGAGAGAGAGGGGGGGGGGGGGGGGGGGGAAUGACAUACAGGAAAGAAGCCACAGGUCGGAUUCGAGGCUGGGCCACGCCCGCUUGGAGGACUGCACCUC